UUUGAGGGUAUGUUCGCUCACUCUCCUUCCUUAUCCAUUGAACGUAAAGCAAACGAAUUGAACGAAGAGAAAGAAAUUAAACAUCCAACCAUGGACCUUAUUUCUUGCUCCUUCUGCUCCACUCUCCACUCCAAAUCGGCGAGUCUCCGGCAAUUUUUAUCUACUAAUCGUACUAGUUAUAAUUCUACUUCCGCAAAAUGCCGCCUCAAAACGACAUCGGAGCUCCAAACACCGGUGGGAGUUACCGGCCGAGACGGUUAUCAUUCUCCAUCAAUUCCCAUCCAUAAAGUCACUGUUCGUGACAGGCAACGAGGACUCGUUCACGAAUUUCUCGUUCCUGAGGAUCAAUAUAUAUUGCAUACUGCUGAAUCACAGAACAUUUCACUUCCAUUUGCUUGCAGGCAUGGUUGUUGCACUAGCUGUGCUGUACGUGUAAAAUCUGGACAUAUUAGACAGCCAGAAGCACUAGGGAUAUCUGCAGAACUGAAAUCAAAGGGUUAUGCGCUUCUUUGCGUAGGUUUCCCAUCUUCUGAUCUUGAAGUAGAAACACAAGAUGAGGAUGAGGUGUAUUGGCUUCAGUUUGGAAGAUAUUUUGCCCGUGGACCAAUUGAAAGGGAUGACUACGCACUGGAGUUGGCCAUGGGUGAUGAAUAGGCAAUUUGUCACAAGUAAUGGAACCAAAAAGUUAGGAUCCAGCUAGUCUAGCAUCCGGAUUGUUUUUUCCAUCCCUUUACUCUUCAUUUUGAGUUUUGACCCUUCUUUUAUGUGUAAUGAUUAUCACUCAGAAUGGGCUGUAUAUUAUAAAUGGUUUAUCUGAAAAUCAAGUGUUGCUAUAAGAUAUGCAGUAUCCUUCCAUUGUGCA